UGGAGGCUCCGGAACAGUGAAGCGUCUGAGGGGGUUCGGCAGCUGCCGUCAUGUUCGGCUGCCUGGUGGCGGGCAGGCUGGUACAAGCAGCUCCCCAACAAGUGGCUGAAGACAAGUUUGUAUUUGAUUUGCCGGACUAUGAAAACAUCAAUCAUGUAGUGGUCUUCAUGCUAGGAACCAUACCAUUUCCAGAAGGAAUGGGAGGAUCUGUCUAUUUCUGUUAUCCAGACCAGAGCGGGAUGGCAGUGUGGCAGCUGCUGGGGUUUGUCACUAAUGAGAAGCCAAGUGCCAUCUUCAAAAUUUCUGGUCUGAAAUCUGGGAAGGGAAGUCAACAUCCGUUUGGUGCCAUGAACCUCCCUCAGACACCAACGGUGGCCCAGAUUGGAAUCUCAGUGGAACUGCUGGAGAACCUGGCCCAGCAGACUCCUGUUGCUAGUGCUGCUGUGUCAUCAGUAGAUUCAUUCACCGAGUUCACUCAGAAGAUGUUGGAUAACUUCUACAACUUUGCUUCAUCAUUUGCUGUUACUCAGGCACAGAUGACCCCAAAUCCUUCUGAAGCUUUCAUUCCUGCAAAUGUAGUUCUGAAAUGGUAUGAGAACUUCCAGAGACGUCUGACACAGAAUCCUCUGUUCUGGAAAACAUAAGCUUGAAUUGUGCCAUCUGAAGUGCAAUCAAAAGAGUGUUACCUGAAAGAUGCAGCAAGUGUCUCCAAUGAAGAAUUUGAGGGGGAGCGGAAAAAAAAGCAACAGAAACGAUUAGUCUGAAUAGACAAACUUGUACCUUUUGUAUUACUCUUGAAAAUUAUUUAAAAUUAAAACCUGUGAAAACUACUUGCCUAUGCAUUUGCUCUGCAAUUCAAGUACUUGGCUGCAAGAAGAAAUCAGUGUUCCAUGUGCAUGUGAGAAAUACUCUUUUGAAAUUGCAUUUAAAGUAGAAGUUUCAGGAUAAA